AUGAGUAGUGGUUCCGAGGACGAAUAUGCAAAAUACUGGAUUGAUUGGUUUCUAGAUACAAAAGGCAACGAAUACUUUUGUGAAGUUGAUGAAGAAUUCAUCCUCGACAGAUUCAACUUGACUGGACUAAGCGCCGAAGUUCCUCACUACUACUUGGAAGCACUAGACAUGAUCACAGAUAAUCUUGACGAGGAUGGGUUGGAUGAAAAAGUGAGAGAACAAAUCGAAAAAUCAGCUCGCCAUCUCUUUGGAAUGAUUCAUGCUCGCUUCGUUAUUACAAGCCGCGGUUUGAUGAAAAUGCUUGAUAAAUACAAGAGAGGCGAGUUUGGUCGUUGUCCUCGUGUACUCUGCAACAUGCAAUCAUUGCUACCUGUUGGCUUAUCCGAUAUUCCAAUGACAAAAACAGUGAAAUUAUACUGUCCUCGAUGCGAAGAUAUCUAUAACCCUAAAUCAUCCCGCCAUGGCGCAAUAGAUGGCGCUUAUUUUGGCACCUCAUUCCCUCACAUGUUGUUCCAAGUUCAUUCCAAUUAUCUGCCAACCAAGAACACAGAGAGAUAUGUACCCCGUAUCUUUGGCUUCAAAGUACAUGAUAUCGCAAAUCAACAAAGAUGGCAGGAUAAAGCUCGAGAAGAAUUUGAAAAGAAGAGAUUGGAAAAGCAACAGCAAAUGAACAAUAAUACUGGUACUACUAGACAGUUGAAGGCACUCGAGAAUAACACUAGCUUGAUUGAACCCAAUACCAAUACAAACGACAACAAGCAAUAA